UUUUGGUGCGCUGUUUUUUUGCUGACUAUGUCUGGACGCGGGAAGCAGGGCGGCAAGGCUCGCGCCAAAGCCAAGACGCGCUCGUCGCGGGCGGGCCUGCAGUUCCCGGUGGGCCGCGUGCACCGCCUGCUCCGCAAGGGCAACUAUGCGGAGCGGGUCGGGGCCGGCGCGCCGGUGUACCUGGCGGCGGUGCUCGAGUACCUGACGGCCGAGAUCCUGGAGCUGGCGGGCAACGCGGCGCGCGACAACAAGAAGACGCGCAUCAUCCCGCGCCACCUGCAGCUGGCCAUCCGCAACGACGAGGAGCUCAACAAGCUGCUGGGCCGCGUCACCAUCGCGCAGGGCGGCGUGCUGCCCAACAUCCAGGCCGUGCUGCUGCCCAAGAAGACCGAGAGCCACCACAAGGCCAAGGGCAAGUGAAUCUACUUGCAUAGUGGUGUGUCUAGUUAACACCUUUCUCAUCUAAAGGCUCUUUUCAGAGCCGUCUAUAUUUUCACAAAAAUGCUUGUAACCAAAUCUAAGUCCUGCUUUUCUGUUCUGUAAGCCUUGAGUGGUUACAA